AUGGAGGAGCUUCAGAAAAACAAUCUGAACACUAUGGGCCUGGAGAAAAAUGACCCUCUCCAAAGCACCGGCCCUCAGAUUUCUGUUAGCGAAUUUUCUUGCCACUGCUGCUAUGACAUCCUGGUUAACCCCACCACCUUGAACUGUGGGCAGAGCUUCUGCCAGCACUGUCUAGCUGUAUGGUGGGUGACUUUGAAGAAAACAGAGUGUCCAGAAUGCAGAGAAAAGUGGGAAGGUUUCCCCAAAGUCAAUAUUCUCCUCAGGGAUGCCAUUGAAAAUUUAUUUCCUGAUUCCAUUAGAAUGAGAUUUGAAGACAUUCAACAGAAUAAUGACAUAGUCCAAAGUCUUGCAGCCUUUCAAAAAUAUGGGAAUGAUCUGAUUCCUGUAGUUUCCAACACAGGCCAAAUGAAUCAGCUGAGAGAAGGAGGAUUCUUUUCUGGAGUGCUCACAGCUUUAACUGGUGUGGCAGUGGUGUUGCUCAUGUAUCAAUGGAGCAGCAGGGAAUCAGAGCAUGACCUCCUGGUCCAGAAGGCUGUGGCCAAGAGGACACAGGAAGAAGUUGUCCUCUGGUGGGAGCAGAUGGGCCCUUGGGCCUCUAUCUAUAGAGACAGGUUUUUAUCUGAAAGAGAGAAUGGAAGGGCCAGGAGCUUGCAUGGUGGAAUCACCAAUGCUAGAGAAGGUAGCACCCAGGCUUUCUUAUCAGCUUGCCCAGAGCUGCGGCAAAAGAGGAAGGGUCAGAUUGAGCUUAAAAGCUGUCAGCAGUCAAAUAUCAAAAAAUGGAGUCUCACUCUUCAUUACACUGUGUUUGGUGAAGGAUCAUCACUCUCAGCUACUAUCAAUGCUUAA